AUGUCUCCCGCUGUGGACUUAUGGCUUAAGUCGGGUUCUUUCGCCCUGCGAAGUUUCUGUCUUAUUCAUAUCAUUCACUCACAGUUUUACGAAUUCACUGAAACGCGCGGCGAAUCGAUGUUACCAACACUAGCUGCCGAUAAUGACUAUGUACAUGCACUCAAAACAUAUAGAGAUGGAAAGGGGUGUCAGAUUGGCGAUUGCAUAGUUGCUGUGAAACCCACAGAUCCAUAUCAGAGGGUCUGCAAAAGAAUUACGGGAAUGCCUGGUGAUGUUAUCCUGGUAGACCCGAGUGCAAAGAAAGGUUCGAGUCUCGAUGGAUCGGCGUUUGAUUCAUUUAUAAGGGUACCUCCAGGUCAUGUUUGGGUAACGGGUGACAACUUGUCACACUCGUUGGACUCUCGCACUUACAACUCGCUUCCCAUGGGUCUCAUAAAGGGUAAAAUAGUGGCUGCCAAUGAUUUCAAUAAACCAAUUUGGCGUAAUGGUGUACUUUUAGGUUUUAGAACAAUCGAUAAUACGUACGUCGAUGAAGGUUAA